UUCUGCAGUCUGCUCUAAUGGCGUCUUCUACUCUCUCCACAGUCACCCUACGCUCCUUCUCUUAUCCUCCACACCACGCCAACACUCAACCUGCAACUCUCUCGCUCUUUUUCCCCAAACAAACCCUAGAAUUCUCCCUCCGAACCCCCAAACUUUCCCAUCGAUCCACAUUUCUCCGCCCCGUUGCCGCCGUUGCCGAAGAGAAGGUGGUGCAGCUAGGUGAUGAUAUCUCCAACCUAACCCUUGGAGAGGCACAGAAACUCGUUGAGUACCUACAAGAGAAGCUUGGGGUCACCGCUGCAUCCUUCGCUCCUGCUGCCGUCGUCGCAGCACCUGGAGGCGCUGGAGCGGAAGCGCCUGCGGCCGUGGAGGAGAAGACGGAGUUCGAUGUCGUGAUUGAUGAGGUUCCUAGUAACGCCAGGAUUGCCACGAUUAAAGCCGUUAGAGCUUUGACUAGUCUGGCGCUUAAGGAGGCCAAGGAGCUCAUUGAAGGACUUCCGAAGAAAUUCAAGGAAGGAGUAUCGAAAGACGAAGCUGAAGAUGCGAAGAAACAACUUGAAGAAGCUGGCGCCAAAAUUUCAAUUGUUUAGAUCACGAAUUUGUGACGAGAGAACCAGUGUUGGAUUACAGAAGAGGAGAAUAGAAGAGCUCAAAAGCAAGCUUCAAUGACAAUUGGUUCAGUGGUUCAAAAGUAUGGUGAAUCAACUAGUUUUUGAAUUGAUAGUGAUUUGGUUGAAUCAAACAAUAUGAAAUCAAACUUGCUUUUAGAAAUUGAUGAA